GGCCCACCAUCUUCCGAGGCACCUUUUUUUUUUUGGCGAGCCGCGGCUGUGCUAUUUUUGAGACAGUACUCCGUGAAGGGACACACACCUGAAAGCAGCACGCAGUAUCUUGUGCAGCGUGCUCGUGCUUGUACUCGCCAGCCCACCAAGUUCUUGCCUUGCUUUCCACUCUCUACGAAGUACCUGUCACGGGAUUCGGGGUCGCGGAAGUUUCCAUGUUCCAUGCGAAACCUUUGUCAACUUGAGGGCCAGUUUUUCCCUUUUGUCUGUGCGCAUUCCAGUUUAGACAAUAAAUCAAAGGUUUCAUUCUCUGUCGUUUCACUGGUUUUGCUGGCUGCCGUCUGAAUUCUGUGCUGAAUCGCCGUCGUCGCUCGUUUCAUCGUGUCCCUGUACUUUCGCUGAGUUUCGCUUUGGCUUCUUAUAAUCGACUCCCGCUAGCCGUUAUGGAGUGGAUUGGCAAGGCCAAGAUUGAGUUCACUCAUGCGCCAACGCCGAGAGCAAUCAAGCAAAAGGAUGGCAGCGAGACGGAUCUCCUCAAGAUUUGCGAGGCAAGCACGCCGCCCUGCUACCUGAACCCGCUAUUGUUCAAUGGCCAUUUACAGACGAUGUGGACGGCGACGAAGCCACAUGGGCCAUCAAUUUAUUACAAGCGCAAGAUCUUCCAGGCCGAGCAUGAAGCUUAUCAUGGAUCGUUUGCCGUUGACUUUGUCGUUAAGCCUCAUGAUGGUCGAAGCGAAGACUUACCACCCCGUACCGUUUACUACUCUGACGAAGAAUUCGACAGCCUAGGCUCGGAUGAUAGCAAGCCAAUGCUGGUAGUUCUGCAUGGUCUUUCAGGUGGCUCUCAUGAGGUCUACUUGAGGCAUGCAAUUGCUCCUCUCCCCGAACAGGGGUGGGAGAUAUGUGUGGUGAAUUCUCGAGGUUGCGCAGGUAGCAAGAUCACCAGUGGCAUCUUAUACAACGCACGCGCAACAUGGGAUACGCGGCAGAUGGUGAGGUGGCUUAAAAAGAAGUUUCCCAAUCGCCCGCUAUUUGGCCUUGGUUUUUCACUUGGUGCCAAUAUUUUGACCAACUACUGUGGCGAGGAGGGCUCUGCCUGUCUUCUCAAAGGUGCUAUCGCCUGCUCAAAUCCCUUCAAUCUCGACGUUGCCAGCAAAACAAUGGCAAGCAACCUGAUAGGCAAAGAGCUUUACCUUAGAGUCAUGGGCACUACAAUGAAAGCUCUGAUUGAGAGGCAUAAAAAGGAGCUCAAACAGUAUUCCAACUUAGAUCUGGCGGCUGUGGCCAAUACGACCUACUUGAACGAGUUUGACCGGGAAGUUCAAUGCCCAACAUGGGGAUACCCCACUGAAUCUGCUUAUUAUCGAGAUGCUUCUUCGUCUGAUGCCAUAUUGUCAAUCAAGAUACCAUUUUUGGCAAUUUCUGCCACUGACGAUCCUAUUGCGGUCAAAGAAGCAAUCCCAUAUGAGGAAUUCCGCCAGAACCCCAAUACAAUUCUCAUCACAACUUCCCUCGGUGGCCACUUAUGCUGGUUCGAGACUGGCGGAUCUCGCUGGAACACUCGCCCGGUGUGCAAUUUUCUCAACUAUUUGGCUUUCAAAACUGACCUUGACAAUUUAACGCCCAUGGACUACCCCCCUAGAAACAAAGCAUUUGCGGGUUCUGAUUACAAUCCAAUGAGGCGUAAAAUGAAUAUCGUACGGAAUUAGUAACGGUUUCUUUCUUUCUUUUCUCUUUUUGUUUUCACAUAGAUAUUAUAAUGUGGCAUAGAGCACUCUCAAACGAGAUGCAUUGUUGAAUUUAAUAGAUUAGCUGGGAUAGAAUAUGAUGAGUGCACUACUUCAC